CGACAGUUUCUAGUUCGCACCGGCUGGUUAGUCACGAAGGAGUGUUUGGUGUCCUCGUGUGAAGCCGAUUCCUCAGAUGAUGGCUAAUUCGAUUCUGGUCAUAACACGGUGAAGCGAAGCUAUGGAUUAAUCAACCAUGACGACACGCACGUGUUAAGCUAAUUGGACACACUCACAAAUGCUUUUUUAUAUCCACAUGAACUAUUUCCACUCAUUCCUUCCUGGUCACAUGUAACUUAAAAAAGCAAUCCAACCGUGACAUUGCCAUCAUGUUGCCAUCGAAAAUUAUCCCGUCACUCGUUUCCUUUAUGGUGGGGUUAAUAUCAUCUGGUUUGGUCAUCGGAACCGUUUACAAACUCUACGGUUACGGAGUGAAGAAGCUGCGAAAGGGCCGCCGGGGCGACGAGGGUUCUGAAGAUGAAGAUGAGAUUUUCACAGAAGUUCUCAUGUUCCCCGAUAAACACAUUGCGUGCAAGAACAACUUUCUACUGGAAUCUGGUUGUGUUCGCUCCGACUGUUCUCUGUCCCAUUACAAAACUUCCCUAAGCGAAAUCUACCGACGUCUCUGUGCAGCCAAAAAAUACAUCUGUGUCUGUGUUUUCCACAUAACUUACAAGGAUCUUGUAGAUAUUUUAAUUGCCAUGAACAAGAAAGGUGUCUGUAUUCAGGUGAUAACUGAUGAUGAGAAAACUGACAGUGAAUCUCAGGUAGACCGACUUAGAGCGCACAAUAUUCCAGUACGUACCGACCACUCAUCGUCAUUCAUGCAUCAUAAAUUCACAGUUAUUGACCGAAAGAUUGUAAUUCAUGGCUCCUUUAACUGGACUUUCAGUGCCAUCAACGGUAACCUGGAGAAUGUACUGAUAACCAAUGAUUCAGACAUUGCACAAAAUUUUCAAAGAGAAUUUGAUUUACUUUGGACCAAGUUUGACAUGACAGCCAAUAACCAGAAACAUACAAAUGGUUGUAUAAAGCAUAUAAAACUUUGAUUGUAGAGCAUUAAUAGAUAUAUAUAUGUCAUCUAGAUUUUUCAAAUUUAUUUUUCAAAAAUGAUCUUUCCUAUCAUAGUUAAUUCCUCAGCUGGAAUCAUAUCACUCAGUGCUCAACGAUGAUAUUACAGCUUAAGUCUUGUUCACCUUGCAAGUAGGCUGUCGGUUUUGGCUUAUGUUACCGUGGCUUAUAACAACAACUUUUCUAUGGGAGAGAUUAUUUUGUUUUUUAAAGAAUUACCAUAGAAGUGACUGUACUAUAGAGAUUCAGUCUUCUGCCAUAUUACAAAAGAGCUUUGUCUUAAGAUCUGAACCUUUUAAAUUAUUUUCUUUAUCAGACACUGAUCAUUGAGAAACCUGUGAACCGACUUAACAUCUGUUCACUUAAAAUGCACAGCAGAAAGCAUUAUGGUGCUGCAAAAUUAACUGUGAAUAGAACCCAAGGCUUCUUUGAAGAGUUGUAUAUUGAUGGGGUAGUAUGGACUAUUGAUAGGAUACAAUAGACUGAUUAUAAUUUGAAUUUGAAAUGUUAAUCUAGCAAACACCACUAUUUUCUGACUAUUUAACACACACACACACACACAUAUAAUAUAUAUAUAUAGGUGAGAGAGUUGGUGUGUGAAAGCACGUAGUUGGAUGUAUAAAAAAUAGAAAAGAAUGAAAAAACUACAGAAGACU